UACUUAUUUUUCUUCCACAGGUUUUUCUCGGUUUUUGUUUUUUGUUUUUUAAGUUGUAAGUGAACCACCCAGAUUGUCACCAUGGGACGAAGAUCGACCUCCUCCACCAAGAGUGGGAAGUUCAUGAACCCCACAGACCAAGCCCGAAAGGAAGCCCGGAAGAGAGAAUUAAAGAAGAAUAAGAAGCAGCGCAUGAUGGUGCGGGCUGCGGUCCUGAAGAUGAAGGACCCCAAGCAGAUCAUCCGGGACAUGGAGAAGCUAGACGAGAUGGAGUUCAACCCAGUGCAGCAGCCACAGCUGAAUGAGAAAGUGCUGAAGGACAAGCGCAAAAAGCUCCGCGAGACCUUUGAGCGCAUCCUGCGGCUGUACGAGAAAGAGAACCCCGACAUUUACAAGGAGCUGAGGAAGCUGGAGGUGGAGUACGAGCAGAAGAGGGCCCAGCUCAGCCAGUACUUUGAUGCCGUCAAGAACGCACAGCACGUGGAGGUGGAGAGCAUCCCUCUACCCGACAUGCCCCACGCGCCCUCCAACAUCCUCAUCCAAGACAUCCCACUGCCCGGCGCCCAGCCGCCCUCCAUCCUCAAGAAGACCUCCGCCUACGGACCUCCCUCUCGCAAUGUCUCCAUCCUCCCGCUGCUCGGCCAUGGCGUCCCCCGACUGCCGCCUGGCCGGAAGCCCCCCGGCCCCCCGCCCGGGCCGCCACCGCCCCAAGUCCUGCAGAUGUACGGCCGGAAAGUGGGCUUCGCCCUGGACCUCCCCGCUCGCCGGCGCGAGGAGGACAUGUUGUAUAGCCCGGAGCUUGCUCAGCGCAGCCACGACGACGACGCGUCCAGCACCAGCGAGGACGACGGCUACCCCGAGGACAUGGAGCAGGACAAGCCGGGGGACAGCACGGACGACAGCGACACGGACAGGUCAGACGGCGAGAGCGAGGGCGACGACUUCGUGCGCCGCGACGGCAGCGAGCGGGACCACGCCGAAGAGAAGAAGUCGGGUCUGAGCGUUCGAUUCGCCGACAUGCCCGGCAAGCCCAGGAAGAAGAAGAAGAACAUGAAGGAGCUGACUCCGCUUCAAGCCACGAUGCUGCGCAUGGCGGGCCAGGAGAUCCCCGAGGAGGGCCGCGAGGCGGAGGAGUUCUCCGAGGACGACGACGACGAAGACUCCGACGACUCGGACGCCGAGAAGCCACCGCAGAAGCAGCAUAAGGACGACGCGCACGCCGACGCCGCAGGAAAUGAGGUCAUUCUUUUCCGGAGGAAAUUCAGAUUCACAGAUGCAACCCAGCGCAGCACUUCCUCCCUGCUGCCCUGA